AUGCCCGACAACUCCGACCAACCGCAAGCCCACCUUCCACAAUCCGAUCCCCAAGCCAACUCCAACAAUAGCAGCAUGUCCACCACCAAGGACAUCAAACAACACCGCCGCUACUCGCGCUGGUGUCGCGGUCUCCUCAUUGCGCAAGUCGUGCUGCAGAUUGCGUAUAUCGUUUCGAACUACUGGAUAAAUGGUCAUCUGACGAUUUUGCAAAUGACGACAGCGGGUUUGUAUAUACUGGGGGCUGCUCUUAUGGAGUAUGAUUUGAGGAGGAAGGAGAAUGAGUUUUGGAACAUGGUAGAGAAUGGGGGAAAGAAGGAUGUUGAAAAGGGGAGGUUGGCUUGGGAGGAGAAGGCUGUAAAGGGGCAGAAAGAGGAGGGGAGGGCUGAUGAGAAGACGGAGUUUUUGAGCGAGAAGGCGGAAGAGGAAGAGGAGAAAUACAAAGACCGGGACGUUGAUAAAGAGAAGGUGGGAGCGAAGGUAGAGGAGACAAGUGAGAAGUCUGAGAUUCACCGCAUCUGGUCCGGCCACGAGCCCCAACCAGAACGCACAUUCCCCCGCCACUUUCCCGGCGAAAUCGGACCAAGUGAAAGUGACAUAGAAGGUAUCACCAUCGACACCAUGUACGGCACCGACUGUCAUGGACACGGCUACGAGGCCUACAUAUACUUCACCAUCGCAUACAAAAACGGCACACUCGCCCAUGACCCGAUCGGCCGACCCGGCCUUUUCUCUAUUACAACUCCAUGGUGGAUUUCAUAUCCAAAAGCGCUGCGAAAAGCCAUCUUCAACGAUCCGAUCUCGUAUCGUUCCGAACAGAAGUCUGAGGACUGUAGAAACGGUCACUGCUUCAGCGAGGUCAUGCCGGGAUUACUGUAUAACAACGAGCCCGUCAGAUUGAAGCGCGUCACGAACCCAAAGACGCUGAGAUCGUCGAACGGGUUCACUUCCGAUCAGGAAUACUUUGCGCUUGGCGAGUGUCACUACGACGACAGCCUACGCAAUAUCUGGAAGAUGAGUGUGUAUCUCGGUAAUAUCGGAUACUACAUCCACGGCGCCAACAUCCCACCUGCCAUCAUAGACUACAUGGAAGACAAAGUACGCACAACGUAUCCGACGCUGGAAAUCUUCCUGAUAGUCUGGGCAACAGUUGGAGCUAUUCCGACUCUCAUAGUGGUCAUCUCUCUCAUGUUCAUGAUGAUGGCUCUAGCGUGCUGGCUGGACAUCAACGUGCCGAAGUUUUGGGCUUCUGCGCAACGUGGCCAUGUUGCUAUGUGAGAAGCUAUUGUCUUGGCACAUGUUAAGGGAUGGGAUGCGGUGAAGGGUCGUUGGAAGAGAGGGGUCAGGCGGGAUAGGAAUGCAGAU